UCGGUUGCUCCGGUGCGCGCCACACUCUGUCGUUGUCCAUGCGCCGCGCCCCCGACCCGACGUAGCCGGCCCGCGUCUCGUCGCGCAGCCCCCGACCUCGCAGUCCCGGACACCGAGACCAUGGCGGCCAGCUCGACAGAGUCCUUCGGCGCGCCGCCCUCGGGGCUCGGCUGCUUCAAUGGAGGCCUCCUCAAGCCGGCGCAGGACAAGUUCGGAUGGGCGACCGAGGUGAUGGCCACCGCCUCGACAGAGGGCUUCUGGGAGGAUGACCCCGAGGAGCAGGUCAAGAAGAAGGUGCUCGAGCUCAAGACCAAGUUCCACAUGGGCCGACAGUUGCAGAUCAAGCACCUGCCCCGCGACGUCACCGAAGAAGAGAUCCGCGAGCUGCUGGUGGACUUCCCCGUGCUGUCGGUGCAGCUGCAGUGCGGCUCGGGCACGGGCGCCGGCGUGGCGCGCGCCGCGCUCGAGGACCCCGAGAUGCUGGAGGAGUGGGACCGCGACCGCCUGUUCCUGCUGCGCGGGCAGCGCGUGCCCGUGGCGCCCACCCCCACCGACAUGCUGCUGUGCGUGGCGCGCCUGCCGCUCCACUACAGCGAGUCGCAGUUCACCGGGCUGGUGCGCUCGUACGGCGAGGUGCGCCGCUGCUUCCUCAUGAUCUCCGAGAAGACAGGCGAGAGUAAGGGGUACGGCUUUGUGGAGUACAUGAGCAAGGAGACGGCGCUGCACGCCAAGAACAUGCUGGACCGCAAGGCGGUCGACGACCUGGUGCUCUGCUGCGACUGGCUCGACUCGAGUCACGUGACGUUCGAAUCCCUGCACUCCAAGUGCCUGUUCGUGGACCACCUGCCCAAGGACUUCCGGGAUAUGGGUCAGUUCCGGAAGGUGUUCAGCGCCAUCGUCAGCCCGCCCUACUGCCAGAUUGCCCUGAAAAAUGGCUGCCCUCAAGACUGGGGCCUGGUGGAGUACAGCUCUGCAGAGGACGCGGAGGCGGCCCAGUCGUCACUCAACCGCUACAUCCUGAGCGGCCACCCCAUCCGGGUGUCGUACUACAUGCCGGGCGUACGCGCCAUCAACCUGUACCUCAAGCUGCUCAACGAGUCGAACAACAAGAAGAGCUGCGGGCUGCUGCCGGAUCCCACCGCUCCCGCCGUCUUCCAGCAACUCCAAACUCUGGCCAAGCAGAACCCUGUCUUUGCGCAGAACCUCCAGAAUAUCAUCAUGACCCAGAUCCAAAGCCUCCAAUCGGACGGGAAGCAGCGCUCGCCUACCCCUCCGGGUGGCCCCGCGGGCGGACAGCCUAACGCGAACAAGGGCAAGCCCGUGGCCACGCCCCCCAACGGGCUCAUCGACAACCAGAUGCAGCAACUCAAGAACCAGCUGACCAGCACGCACCCCAUGCUCAUGGCGAACCCUCAGAUGCUGGCAUCGCUGCAGUCGCUGCUCAAGCAGCAACAGGCGCAGAACCCUGGCGGCCCCGGCUCGCAGGGAGGGCAGGGCGCUGCGCAGGGGCAGCAGGGCCCCCAGGGCCCCGGAGCGGGCGUCAACGGGCAAGGCCAGGGCCCCAAGGGGGCAGAGGCACAGCACAACGGCUUCGGCAAGCACGGCAAGAACGGCUUCCUGAAGCCACCGCAGCCGACCAACAAGGUGCCGCUGUUGCCCAACCCGAGCGGACACGGGCUGAGCUCGCCACCGCUCGCGCCGCUCGCGCCGCUGCCCGGGCAGCAGCACGGCCAGCACGGCCAGCCGCCGGUGAGCGCGCCCGUGAGCGUGGCGCUGUCCCCCACGCCCACCGACGUGACGGCCUGGGGCGGCAUGAUGGGGCUAGCGCGCCACCACACGUCCUCGCCGCCGUCCGGCCCUGCGCAUGGCCCCGGCGCGGCGGCCGGCGGGCUGUCCCUGCUCAUGGCCGGCCUGGACGGCGCCGGCGGCCUGGCCUUCCCCCCGCCCUCCGACCCGCUGCAGAUGGGGGGUGGGCCCGGCGACCUGCAGACCACCAUCAACAGCAUCCUCAACAACCAGCAGAACCUGCGCCAGCUCAUGGCCACCCUCUCGAGCGCCAUCCAGAGCAACGGCUCUCACCCGCAGCCCGCGCCACCGCCGCCGGGCAACCACUUCCCGUUCGUCGGCCGGCCGCCCCCCGGGCCCGGCAGCGGCGCGGAGGCGGCCUGGGCCUCCUCGCGCUCCCUCAUGAGCAGCCCCCUCCAGAUGCAGCCCAAGCCGAUGGGAUUCUUGGACAUCAAGACUCCCAACCCCGGCGCGCCCCUGUUCGCACAAGUGCCGGGCGCGGGGCAGUGGCCGGGCAGUGGCUUCAUGCCCUCGCCCGUCGGCGUCGGGCCCAUGUUCUCACCGUAUUCUGGCGGCCUCGUGCCUGGGCUGUGGUCGCCGUCGCCCUCCCCGUCACCGACGCUCAAUGGCAUGAUGACCCCCGUGGGCCACAAGCGCAAGUACAACCACAUCCUGCCGUCACCCGAGCCCUCGCCCGAGGGCAACUACAUUGGUCAGCACUCGCAGGGCCUGGGCGGCCACUAUGCCGAUUCCUACUUCAAGCGGAAGAAGAAGAACUAAGGCCUCAAACUGCACCAAAGCAUUCCUGAGUGGAGGAUUCGUUACAUAUCGCCCAGCCCUUCUGGUCUGUCAAUCGGUGAGGGGCUGUCUUAUAUCACCUUAGAUUCUAUCUGCAUCUGUUGCUUGUAGCUUUAAUUUAUAUCAAGACAUUUUUCCUCCACAAUUUUUAGAAUAUUCCAAGAGAAAGGUGUUUAGAAUUUUACUUCAGCCUGUAUGCUUGAAAGACUACCAAUCGUUGUACCAUUUUAUGGCAAUGUAUGAGCGCAGUUUCUUGUGAUUGGUUUCUUUUUUAAAUUAUUAUUUUCUACAGUAAGCCAAUCAUGACAGCUGGUUGUUUACAUUGUUGUAAAAUUGUGACCAAACAUGUUAGAAUCGUUAUGUUAGCUUAAUUUUAACAAAUUCUUGUUAGGUAGGGUGCUAUUAACAUGGACCAACAAUCCACUAUGAAUUUAUUUACUUAGUACCAUCUGGUACCUACAGCAUAAGAGAAUUUUAUGCUCCUAAGAUCUCCUAAACGUAUAUGAAUGUGUCUUCCUACUGUGGAAGUUUAUGAUCAUGGUUUAGAGUCAGAGUUACUAUGUCAUUAAACAAGCUCACAUGAGCCAUACCAUGGCUGGUUAUUACAUCACAUGUUAUCAAUAAUUAAAGUUUUAUCUGUAGAUAAGAUUCUUGCUAUUUUACUGUUUUAAGAACUAUUGUGAUUUUUUAAGACUAUUGUUUGAUUUUUUUAUGACAAUCACAUGAAUUUUUCUGUAGUUGUUUUGCUGGCAAUGUUAUCUUUAUGCUAAUUGAAUCUUCUUGUACCUCUGUCGACCUAUUAGAUCUCUUGAUCGUCCCUGUGAAGAUAAAAUCAUUUUUCACUUUCUUGUCUUCUUUCUCAAUUUGUUUUUGUGCUUUACGUUGUCAUUCUUGAUCUGUCCUGUGUGCUGUCUUGUUGUAUUAAUGUUUUUAGACUUUUUUUAUCACCAUCAAUAGUUGACAUAGAUCAUUUAAUAGAUAUUUUUUUAUAUUAGGUCUUAAUCAUCUGUUCAUGCAUUAUCAUAGAGCUUAUACUUAUUGUCUCUUUUGUAAGUUUAUGGAAAGUUCUUUGGUUUGUGAAAUUUUCACAAGAUCCCUUAUCUUUAAAUCUUCUCUUUCCGACUCUUUCUCUUGUGAUUCUGAACUUGCUUUACUGUCUAUCGUAGUGUAGUUUUUUAUGUUGUGCACUUUCAUCUUUAAUUGUCUUGACAUUGAAGGCAACCAUGAUUCGUUUCCCAAAGUUGUUGCUUUUUGUCUUUUGACUUGUACUACUCUGUACUAUGAGUAGUGUAGUACCUCCAAAUUAAGACCGCUAUAUGCCUUCAAACAUAUAGAAAACAUACUUUUAAUUUCAUUUGUAACUGACGUAUCGUGUUAUGUUGUCAUGCCUUUCAGGUGUGGGUGGGGUAGGGCAGGGUUGGGCAAUCAUCUUUUAUUUUAUUUCUCAUUUCCCUCUCAUUAUUAUUUUUUUUUUUUAUAGAUUUUCACUUACAUUCGGUAUCAAUUGAGGAGUUUAAAAAUCCACAUAUCUUGCAUUACAUAGGCAAUUAGGUGAGUUUGUCAGAGGAUUGCUGUCCUAUGCAAAUGUAUUUUAAGAUUGUGUUUGUGUGCCUGAGUUUGAAGAUGUGAUAAUUAUAUUUUGCAGUAUUUGUACCUUAAAAUGGGACUGAGAUUUAUCCUGUGGGUAGGUAUUGUGUUAUAUAUUAUGGGCCGUAUGCCUAAAGCCCGAGUGAUUUCAAAUUUUGUCACAAGUAUUAUUUUGAAUUAGAACUUUUUGUAAUAAACCGUGGAAUUUUAAAAUAUUUUUAAACUUUAGUAUAUCAUUUCCACAUGUGUUGUAAUUUUUAAUUUAGUUGUUUUCAAUUUUGCCGUACUCUAAAGGCACCUAUACCACCGCCAUUAUAUUAAUAUAAACUCUUCCUUUCAUGUUUAAUUAUGUUUUAUUUUUCUUUGUCGUGUGGAGCUUUUUUAAGCUCUUAAUUGAAACUGAGAAAUAUUGCUUGUCAAUACUCAUCGCCUUAAUGUAUCUCGCAUCCUCAAAGUUCUUUCACUAUCACCACACCAGUAGAGAUCUAUUUGCUACCCAAGUAUUUUAUUUUUUUUUGUAUUUUUUGUAGUUGUGUGUUGGAAUGUUUCAUCAGUAUUUCUUCUGUUCAUGUUUCUGUCACUUCAUUCACUCUGUUCUUUUGUGUAUAGAUUUCUUUCCCCUUCUCUCUCUUUUUUUUUUUUUUAAGUUGACUGUUAGUGCAGUCUAUGAACUGAGUAAGAUAUCAGUAAUCACUUUGCAAGUGAUCCCUUACAUUUAGUCUGUGUAUUUCUUGUUCUCUGUCUGCUGCAUCUGGCAGAAAUAAAAGGCAACUUGACAACAGAA